GUGGCCGUAGUUUCUCAACUGCGUCAUCUCCCAGCGACAGCUCACAUGUUGACAGCAGGACAGCAGCAGUAGUAGAGAAGAGUUUCUAAUCUGGUAAAUUUAUCUGAGGAGAAUGCACUAAAAAAAACAGUCACGGUGUUCUGGUCUGCUAACGAGAAUACAACAUUAUAUUCAGCACUCUUUCUUCCGGGAUCAAAUCAUUUUACUGCGGCUCUGAUCGCCGGAAGGUGGAGAACAUUGCACUCAAGCUUUCAGUUCCUGCACAGAUUUCUCUUCCAAAGGUUUUCCCUCCAGCUGAUCUUCCUCUGCUCACUCAGCCAUGAGCGACAGUGACGACGACGUUCCCACCCUGUCUGCUCACACUCUGGCUGCCCUGCAGGAGUUCUACAACGAGACCAGAACCGGUCCUGAUCAGGACGGGACGCCGUCCGACCCGUUCGCCGUGGGAGCCGUGGAGGAGGAUUGGCGGAUGAGUCAGUUCUGGUACAGUGACGAGACGGCAGCGGUGCUGGCGGAGGAAGCGGUACGGCAAGCCGGAGAGGGAGGCAGGAUAGCGUGUGUGAGCGCGCCCAGCGUCUACCAGAAGCUGAAGCAGAGCGUGGUGGACGGCUCCGACAGGGUGUCUGCCGUCGUGCUGGAGUACGACCGCCGCUUCGCCGCCUACGCCGACGACUUCAUCUUCUACGACUACAACCAGCCGCUGUCCCUCCCCUCCGGUGUGGCGCCGCGGAGCUUCGACAUCGUCCUCGCCGACCCGCCUUACUUAUCCGAGGAGUGUCUGAGUAAAGUGGCCCAAACCGUCCAGUACCUGAGCAAAGGCAAAGUGCUGCUGUGCACAGGAGCCGUCAUGGAGAAUGUUGCCAAAGAACUGCUGGGGGUAAAAAUGUGCAGCUUUUUGCCCAAACACAACAGGAACUUGUCCAACGAGUUCCGAUGUUUCGUCAACUAUCCUUCGGACCUGUUGUGUGGAACCCUGGACACACAGGGAGGCUGUUUCUAGGAGGAAGAGCUUAAAUACAGCAGGGAGGAAGAGAAAGUGGACAAUUAAAUUUGCCACAAAAUCAGUUAACAGAAUCAUAAUCUGCUACUGUCUUUUGACUAGACAUCACUGAGUUGUUGUUUUUUUAAAGAAAUUAGUAUUGUUUGAUGAAGUGUUUUGAAUUUUUAUUAUGCAUUUUUUAUUCAAUACAUCAAACCAAACGAGUCUUUUUCUGCUCUCGUGUCUCAGUGGAUCUACCUCAAAAAGGGAAAUCAGAAAUGUGCACAUUCAACACAUUUCUUUUCUCCAUUAAACCGAUUCCAGAAAAGUCUCAACUAAUACCUGAAUCACGUGACUGAACCCUUAACUCUAGUGGGUUUUCAUUGGAGUUGUCUCACAAAUGUCAGAAAUAAACAUUUCCAGUUGUCAGCACUUUAUAUCUGAUAGUAUAAAAACAAUAGUUGAAUAGUUCAGUUGAAAUAAAAAUACAUAUGCCCCCAUCACGCACUAAUUCAGCAUUGAUACCAAUAAGUUUUGUGUGACUGAGUAAAUAUGAAUUUACAACAUAA